AUGAAUGGUUCUUCGAGAAAUGAAGAAGCUGAGGCGCCACAACCAGAACGAGAGCACCAAAAGCGUCUCUGUGACUAUUGUGGAAGCUCAAUGGCUCUGCUAUACUGCAGAGCCGACUCAGCCAAGCUCUGCUUCUCGUGCGACCGUGAGGUCCACUCGGCCAAUCAGCUUUUCUCCAAGCACACUCGGUCACUGCUCUGUGACGCCUGUGACGGUUCCCCUGCCUCCAUCUUCUGCACAACCGAGAGCUCUGUUCUGUGCCAGAACUGUGACUGGGAAAGCCACAACCUUUCGUCGUCGUCGGUGCACGACAGGAGGCCUCUGGAAGGGUUCAGUGGGUGCCCUUGUUUGAAUGAGUUGCUUACAGUUGUGGGGUUUGAGAAUAUGGAUAAAAAGGCUCUGCUUUUGGGUGAUGAGAGCGGUGAUGGUGGAGGAGGAGGUGAUGGGUUUUUGGGUUGUGGGGUUGAUGGGUCUUUCGAUUUAGAUGAUGGGUUUUCGGAUUUUUUGGUUUGGGACACUCCCUCUGUUGUUAGUCUUGACGAUUUGAUUGUUAGCAAUCCGGCUUACAAAUUUCAGGCUAUGGGGGUUCCUCCUCUGCCUAAGAAUCGCAAUGCUGCUUGUGGUCGACACAAGGAAGAAAUAUUUCGUCAGCUUCGUGUGCUUGUCAAGUCAGAACCCAACUUGUUUAGCGAAAAUGUGGAUGUUAAACCCCUUAAGUCCCUAGCUUCUGAGCAGAACAUGCAACGAGGAAGUUUGUUUACAGGUUUUGAGCAUGAUAUAGAGCCAACUGUAUUUCCUGCCUAUGAGGCACAUGAUUUUCAGUAUAACGAUUGUGGCACAGCCGAAAAGCGAGAAUCUUCUCCUAAAACAUUUAUAAGGAGCUACCUUCAGGAAUGUUGUGUAGUUCCUGAUAAACAUUCACAUAAUGAUGGUCAUGGUCAUGGAGGGCAAAUGAAUUCUGAAGCCUCCUCAGCUUUUCCCAAAGUUGCUGCACAUGAGUUAAUUAGCCAAAACAGAGAGACUGCUCUCUCGCGGUACAAGGAGAAGAAGAAAACAAGAAGGUAUGAGAAGCACAUCAGGUACGAAUCGCGGAAGGUUCGGGCAGAAAGUAGGACGAGAAUUAAAGGACGUUUUGCGAAGAUGGAUCACUGA